GACGGACGAACAUCGCCAAAAAAAAAACAGAAUCAGAUUCUGAAAUUUUUGAAUCAAGAGAGAGAGAGAGAGAGAAAUCUACGGUGGUUGUUUCGCCGGGAGCUCAAUUUCGCCGGUGUAUAAUUCUCGAUUUCUCCUCCUAUAUUAAUUCCCCGACGAGGUGCGAGAGGGAGGGAGGGGAAAUCAAUCAAUCAAUCAUGCAGAAACGGAGAGCGGUGAGAGAAUCUCCGAAGGUAACGGUGAGGAAUGGGAAAAGUUUGGAUUCCGGUGACGAAAAGAGAAGAUCUGAGAGAAAGAAGAGAUUGAUGAAGUUCGAGGAGUUACCUAGGUAUUUGAAAGACAACGAGUUCAUUCACAAUCAUUAUCGUUGCGAGUGGUCUAUCAAAGAAACUUUCCUCAGCGCCUUCUCAUGGCACAAUGAGACUCUCAACAUCUGGACGCAUUUGUGUGGGUUUGUGAUAUUUGCUUGGAUGAUGGUUGUGAGUUCAAUGGAGACGACGGAGGUUGGCCUCACCGGCUUCGUUAGCGUUCUCUCCGGAGCAACAAUUCGCUGGCCAUGGCCGUCAACGGCGAUGUCAAAAGGUGUUUACUUCUCCAGCGAUCAAACUCUGCAUCACGAAUUGAACGUGACACACACUAGCUCGCUCCUAAAUUCUCAAGGUGAUGUUAACUACGAAGCCGUUCCGAAAUGGCCGUGGCUCGUGUUCUUAUCAGGAGCAAUGGGCUGUUUGAUCUGCAGUUCCAUGUCGCAUCUCUUUGCUUGCCACUCUAGAAGAUUCAAUCUCUUCUUCUGGCGCCUAGACUACGCUGGAAUCUCCCUCAUGAUCGUCUGUUCCUUCUUCGCACCUAUCUACUAUGCAUUCUCCUGUCAUACUUACUGGCGUCUCUUCUACCUCUCCUCGAUCUCAAUCCUUGGUCUACUCGCCAUCAUCACCCUACUCUCUCCAUCUCUCUCAGCUCCACGUUUCAGAUCUUUCAGAGCAACUCUUUUCUUAACAAUGGGAUUCUCUGGCGUCAUACCGGCCUCACAUGUGCUUUACCUUCACAAGGAUCACCCUAACGUGCUUAUCGCUCUCGUAUACGAACUUGCGAUGGCUGUGUUGUAUGCAACGGGGGCAGCGUUUUACGUUACCCGCAUCCCUGAAAGAUGGAAGCCAGGAGCCUUCGAUAUCGCAGGACAUAGCCAUCAGAUAUUCCAUGUGUUUGUAGUCUUAGGAGCUCUUGCUCAUAGUGUCGCCAGUCUUCUUAUCAUGGAUUUUCGACGGGCUUCACCUUCUUGUGCCUUUUAAAAACAUUGUAAAACAUUUUAGUGAUACGUAUUUCAUUCAAUGUAUGAAUAUGUAUGUGUGUCUCCAUAGAAGACGCAAUGUACACUAUCCAAGUUAUUCCCAAGUGAACAAAAAGUCACUUUCUCUUAUAAGUUCAACCUUCUAGAUUCCAUA